GAGACUCCAUUUCUUUUCCAAGUCUCUCGCAUUGUUUCUUCUCUUUUUCCCUCCUCCUCUCUCGCUGCGAGGAACCCAUUUGAAGAAUGCAUUCAUUUGGGUAUCGAGCCAACGCUUUGGUGACCUUUGCGGCUACCAUACUUGCUAUCAUUUGUGCUCUGGCUUCGUUUUCUGAUACCCUCAAAUCGCCUUCACCCAUGGCACAAGUUCAGGUUUUGAGUAUCAAUUGGUUUCAGAAUCAACCUAAUGGAAACGAUGAGGUUAGCAUGACUUUAAACAUAUCAGCAGACUUGCAGUCAUUAUUUACAUGGAAUACAAAGCAGGUUUUUGUGUUUCUAGCUGCUGAAUAUGAAACCCCAAAGAACUCCUUGAAUCAGAUCUCACUCUGGGACAGUAUUAUACCCUCCAAAGCGAGCGCCAAGUUUCAAAUCCAUACUUCAAACAAGUAUCGGUUCGUUGAUCAGGGGAGCAAUCUAAGAGGUAAAGAGUUUAACUUAACACUGCACUGGCAUGUCAUGCCAAAGACAGGGAAGAUGUUUGCAAACAAAUUGGUCAUGUUUGGAUACCGCUUGCCACAAGAAUAUAGAUGAGCAAACUUCUCCAUUGAUAUGUAAUUUCUGAACUAAGUUUAACAUAGGCUUUAGCAUCAGCUUACUCAACAUUAAAGAACAGUGAACAUUUUCCAAGCCAUGAAUUCAUCGAAAAAAAGAGUUAAAUUUAGCGUAAUCAAAUGUCCAUUGACCUCUGUUCUAA